CGUAUAUUCGUUGACAGCCGUGUGCUUUUUGUGCUUAGCACGCUGUGCUUGUUAGCCUUGUCACAAUGGCUCCGACGUUAUCCCUGUCUAGACAAACAUGCUGUGUAGACGGGUGCAGUAAUAGUUAUGCAAACAUGGCGAGUUCUGGCGAAACUAUACAUUUUUACCGUUUCCCGACGCGGGCUUUCAACUUCGAACGACGCAGUGUUUGGAUAUCUGCCAUCCGUAGGACCAGAGGUGAUGACUGGGAGCCAAAGCACAACACACGCAUUUGCAGUCGCCAUUUCGUUGGCAACCAAAAAGUCAGACAACCCUAAGAACCCGAGCUACAAUCCAUCAAUCUUUCCCCAGGAGCAAAGGACACCCCACAUCGAUCCAGCAGUUGUGUCACAGUCACAAUUGCAAAGAAAGAGGACGCGUGCACCUGAAUCCCAAGGACGUCGUAGGCAGACACCCCACAUCGAUCCAGCAGUUGUGUCACAGCCACAAUUGCAAAGAAAGAGGACGCGUGCACCUGAAUCCCAAGGACGUCGUAGGCAGUACGUUGAAGAAAAAGAAGACAUGGCCUUUGAGCUGCAGUCUGCCAGCACAAAUGAGAGUGAAGAAUACAACCAGGCCAGCGGCUCGCUGAUCGUGCCUACGCUUCGCGUGUGCGCAGAGAGGAUUCCUACAACUGCCCCCGUCAGCAAGUUUCAGCACAAUUCUGGCAUGAACUUCUGCGUCAGUUGUCCAUCGGCUACGACGACGACAGUGACUCAGCCGUGGUUCAACGGCCCCGCCGCCUGA